AUGUUCGGUUGUUUUAAAGGAUGCUGUGGAUCCUUCGAUGCGGCGGAUGACCGUCCCUACGAAAUACCGCGUAAGGAGGAAAGCAUCAUUAGUCCUGUUGCUAUUCAACCAUUUCAGCCUCUCCGAAACGAUGGGUUAGCCGUUAGUUUAUGUCCACCUCCUAAAGCUUUAUGUGAUGGAAAAGUUCAUUCGUUGCUUGAUCACAGCUCUUUCGAUCCACCUUUGUGUUCAACCAAGCUGGCUGAAGAAAGUAGAAGAUCUCAAUCAGAUACAGAUCUUGUGAAGAAUUCGGGUGGUGGAACUCUAUCAGAAACAUUCUGGAAUGAUAUUCGACGAUGGGAUGAAAAGCAAAAACCCAAAAGACGUCAAACUUUUGGUGGAGUGGGUAGUAGACAUUCUCAUUCUUGCUCUAGUGAUUUUUCAACAGGGUUUGAGUUGCCAUCUUAUACAGGAAAACUGCCUUCGAUUAUUGAAGAAAACAUCAGAAAGAAAGACUCAUUUCAACUUGAUUCUCCUCAGAUGAAAGAAUCGAACUACAACCAGUUAGACAACUGUGAGGAUAAAGUGCUAGAGAAAACUCAAGAUAUUAAGCAAUCAGCUGUUCUAACCGAAUCAAUGCUUGACGCCCCAACUGAUAUUCUAAAUACCUCUACUGAUUUCAUAGAUUCCGAGCCCAAAGUGGAACGAGGUCCGGAUAACAUGAGGUUAGACGUUUCUAAUUUGUAUAUGUAUUUAGAAAAAGAGUUUGAAACUGUAGAGAUUUUGUCAUCUAAAGCUGUGAGCUAUGUUUCUCCUAAAGUACUUUAA